AUGUCCUCUCAGAGCCUUUCCAAGUUGCUGACACUGGUCAUAGCAGUCGUAGCAAAUGACACUUCAUCCGAUCGACCACCUCCGAGGACAUUGGAAUUAGACGGCACAGUUGAAGACGAGUCUGCGAAACAUUACGAAGGGCCUGGUUCCAUGACUGGCCAUGUGUCAUACAUGGGGGCAGCUGAGGCCACCACCGGAAGGUCGUGGAGUGUCGCUGAUGGUGAUGACCUUGAAUACGAAAACACCAGAAUCAAAAGGCGAAGAGUCUCUGUCAGCCCAGAGCAUCCAUCCUCUGAGCCAGUGACAACGAGGGCUACAAGUACAACCCAGAUGGCAUGGCAUGAUCAGCUUCAGGAAGCAGCAAAGACAUUUGUGGAGGUUGAGCCACCCUUGGGAUGUGCUGAGAAGCAGACAACACCAGGCCAACCUCUCUUAAGUGACGAAGAGAGUGUGAUUCACGCGCCUCUGCCGAUAAUGUCAAAAGAAAGUUCCUCUAAAUCGACAAGGACAAUCCCUUAUGUGCAGUCUUCACCUGAUGCUUCGUCACUUCCGAUUGACAUCGACCUUACGGGAUCUCCUGUUCAUCAAUCUCUACCAACCAAUAGUACUAUGGACGAUCAUUCGUCCAAGCAAAGCAAGCUUUUCCCUACUCCCAGGAAGAAGAUUUUGAGAAGCGGUCACGGAAAGCUCACCUUCUCACCAAAAAAAUCAAAAUCUCCAAUGCGCUCGUCACGGACCGUUGAAACCGACACGGGUGGGGAGAGCAGUGAUGCGAAAAAGACUGCCAAUAGAUCUAAGAAACUGGAAAUGAAGAAUGGGAGGUUUGUCUCCUCCUUGCGCGUUACCUUGUCAUAUACCGCUCCAGACUCUGGACUCAAGAUCAACGAUAUCUUGUCCGGCAAAUCCGAAAAGGGCAGCAGUGAAGCUGGGGCAGCUCAAGCAAAGGUCUCAUGGAGCAAUCCGGGAACGGGCAAGGCGACACAUCCGUUCUUCUUAGGGAGAUUGUCCAGCAAUAUUCAAAAGCAACCUGAACUGAAAAGUGAAACGUCCUCCAUUGCAGCGGCCUCCGAGGAUGAGACCAGCUCGAGGUCCAAGCCGCUGAAACCCUGGAAAGACAUUAUCUUCGAAUCUAGAAAGUUAUUCCAGAACAAAACUGCUCCCUCGCUGCCCCUAGUAUGGCCUCCAACCGAGAUUCAACAUGUACAACCGAAUCAGGUCCCAAAUUGUGCAGUCACAGUUCGGACACUCCCUUUGUCACGCCCCAAAUCCAAACAGCAUGCCAUGCGCAUCAACACGGAUGAAGACGUUCUAUGGAACUUUUCUCAAGAUUUGAAGCACAAAGUCGACAAGCCCCUCAUUCACAUUCCUGAACGAAGGGUUAUGAGUGGCAAACAGCUGGUGAGACUGAUUGAAUCUAUGUAUGGUAUGGAAAAUCAGUCCAGUUGUCAACCAGCUUCAAUCUCAGAUCUAAAAGUAGUCAUCGAAUCGACACCGAGUUCUUUUGACAAAGGCAUGGCAGCCGGACCCCAGUUAUGGUGUCACGAGUAUGCACCAAGAUGCUGGCAGGAGGUCUUGGAACCACAGAGUAAAGUCCUGCACGACUGGCUGGACAACUUGAAGGUACAUCAAGUGCAAACUGGCAAAUUACAACUGAAAACGAGGCCCUCGACUCCAAAAAGGCGACGGAAGAGGAAAUCGGAGAUGGACGACUUCAUUACAUAUUCGGACGACGAUGAUGCCCGUUCGACCACUAUUGGAAAGAAUGCCAUUCUACUCACAGGCCCUCCGGGCUCGGGGAAAACUGCUUCCGUCUUUGCUGUUGCUCAACAGUUAGGGUUCGAGGUGUUCGAGAUCCAUCCAGGUAUGCGACGAAGUGCAAAGGAUAUCCAGGACAAGGUGGGCGACAUGACACAGAACCAUCUAGUUCGACACGCCGACUCAUCGAGCCGAAGAUCCAGUGUCUCGAUCGAGGACAGAGAUACAGCUUCUCCGACUGUUGAGCCUUUACCAAAGACCCACAACCCUAUCACAAGUCUCAUGGCUGUCGGCAUGGAUGGCAAGCAGGCAAAAAUCGCUGACAUGAAAGAAAUCAAAGAACCCAAGAUCAAAUCGCAGAAGCAAUCUCUCGUCUUGCUUGAAGAAGUCGAUAUCCUGUUCGAGGAAGACAAAGGUUUCUGGAGUGGUGUCCAAUCACUUAUUCGGACAUCGAAGCGACCAGUCAUCCUCACUUGUAAUAGUGUCGACUCCAUCCCGAUGGAUGAACUAGACCUCUUCGCUGUCCUACAGUACGGCCGUGCCCAGCCAGGGGUAGCUGCACAGCUACUAGGAUCCAUUUGUGCCGCUGAAGGACAUCUUCUACGUCAGGAAGCCUUGCAGAACCUCUACCUCACGAAAGGCCAAGAUUUCCGUGCGUCGGUCAUGGAGCUCAAUCUCUGGUGUCAGAUGACAGUUGGGUCCCAGCAGGGAGGUCUGGAUUGGAUGCUCCCAUAUAACGAACAGUCCAAGCUCAACCCAGAUGGCUCGGUGACCCGAAUUGUCAGCCAAGACACCUUCAUCAAUGGUCUUGAUUUGUUACCUACGGAUUUUGACAAUACAGAAGGUCUGAUCCAAUUCACUCAGGACCGCCUGGGCAUUCCGCCCUUGGACUGGGUUAAAGAUAAUGUGUGCACAGGUCGCACUGAGCCGAAUCCAGUCUUGACACUGGACGACAUGCUCAUUCUUUCCGAGGCAAAAAGCGCAGUGGAUCUGGUCGAUGACAAAACAGCACUUAUGCUAGCAAGCGCGAUGAAGAAAAUGGCCAAUCCCGCUCCUAGUUUCGCAUGCGCUUACCCAUCCCGAAGGGAUGAAGUCGUUCGUCUGUGCCUCGACCAGCUGAAUGAAUCACGGCUUGUCCAAUCCACGAUAUGCGAAGCAUUCGAACCUCUACUCGAAGAAUCACGUAUCGGUCUCCCCAGCGCCCCAGGCCGUAAAGCACCCUCCCUGGAUAAUCGCUCUGCCAUCUCACUUGUGACGGAAGUCGCUCCAUACAUCCGCUACAUCGUGUCAAACGAUCAACGACUUGAACAGGUUCGGAAUGAAUUACAUGGAAUGAGUCAGCAUGGAACAAAGAGACAGCGGCGUACUAGGGCAGCAAGGGCAGCGUUGGAAGGUGGGAACAAGAGUACAGUAAGAAGAGACAGGUGGUUUCCUGAAGAGUUGGAUUGGCAUGCAGUGAUGAGGACGGGGAACGAGUGGCCUCAAGCCAAAUAUGUGGAGACGUGGGAUGGUUCGGCGGCGCCAACACCUUCCUCGUCAACAGGAAUGGGAGUGGAAGCCGCAGAGCCUGCAGUGCAUAAGUCCUGCAACCCACCAGUGCGGUAG